AUCGUAGAGCUUCUUCCCUAUUAUUCUCAUGCGUACACAUGAUUACUGCGGAAUACCUUCCACUUCGGGCUUCGAUUAUAAGACCAUUAAUCACAUGCACUUCAUCUUCGUUGUCAAGCAUACCCACAACUCAACAGUAA